CAAGGGCCAGAUGCUAUAGGAUCCCAGUAAGCCCUGGGCCAGGGCCAUGAUUGGACAAUGCCACUGUGAUGUCGGGCUGCUCCUGCUGUGAAAUAGAGGCUCCUGAGCCCUGGGGGUCAGUGGAGCUGCCAUCCAGACAUAGAUCAUGAGUGGCGGAUAUGAUCUCAACCUCUUCGCCAGCCCUCCUGACUGCAACUUCCUAUGUUCCGUGUGCCACGGAGUUCUCAAGAGACCAGUGAGGUUGCCAUGCAGCCACAUCUUCUGCAAGAAAUGCAUCCUCCGGUGGCUAGCCAGACAGAAGACCUGUCCGUGCUGCAGGAAAGAAGUGAAACGGAAAAAGAUGGUCCAUGUAAAUAAACUCCGGAGGACCAUUGGCCGCCUGGAAGUCAAGUGCAAGAACGCGGAAGCUGGCUGCUCGGUGACGUGCCCCCUGGCCCAUCGAAGGGGGCACCAGGACUCAUGCCCGUUCGAGCUGAUGGCCUGCCCCCACGAGGGCUGCACAGCACGGGUGCCGCGUGGGGCCCUGGCCGAGCAUCGGCAGCACUGCCCACACGGGGCCCAGGAGCGCUGCCCGCUGGGCUGCGGGGCCACCCUGGGGCCGGUGGAGCGUGCGCGCCACAACUGCUACCGCGAGCUGCGCGAGGCCUGGAGCCAGCGGCAGGAGCGCAGCCGGACCCUGGUGCUGGGCCUGCUGCGGCGCAUGCGCGAAGUGCACCGCACGGCCAAUCUCGUCCGCAGACAGCUGGCCCAGCUCGGAGGCUUCCUGGAGGAGGAGGACGUGAUGCUCGUGGGCGCCCCGCAAGGGGAGGCCGAGGCCACCCCAGAAGGCAGCAUGGGGGCCGAGAUUGGGGGGCCCAGGGCCAAGGGACCUUGUAAAUAGAAGGGUGAAUAAACG